AUGUUUGUACUUUUAGAAGAAAUGCUUCGCAGUUUAUCAGCUCUACGCGUGCUCACUAAUGGCUAUAACCAAGUUCGACUGUUAACAACGGGUAGUUCGAAUACAUUGAAAGUCAAAGAAGAAGUUAAGCGUGUCGGACAAUUAGCUUUACUCGGUGGAGGAAAAAAACGUAUUGAUUCUCAACAUAAAAAAGGCAAAUUAACUGCACGUGAAAGAAUCGAAGUUUUAUUGGAUGAAGAUUCAUUCCGCGAGUAUGAUAUGUUUAUGCAACAUCGUUGCUCAGACUUCGGCAUGGAAAAGGAGAAAUAUUAUGGUGAUUCUGUCAUAACCGGUUCUGGUUUGAUCAAUGGUCGACCAGUUUACAUCUUUUCACAAGAUUUUACUGUUUUCGGUGGAAGUUUAUCCAGUGUUCAUGCAGCUAAAAUAUGCAAAAUUAUGGAUCAAGCUAUGCUGGUUGGCGCGCCAGUGAUUGGCUUGAAUGAUAGUGGCGGUGCUCGAAUUCAAGAAGGUGUCGAGUCACUUGCAGGUUAUGCAGAUAUUUUUCAACGAAAUGUCAUGGCCAGUGGUGUUAUUCCACAACUUUCACUAAUCAUGGGGCCUUGCGCAGGCGGUGCUGUUUACUCUCCUGCCUUGACCGAUUUUAUUUUUAUGGUGCGUCAAACAUCGUACCUAUUUAUCACUGGUCCUGAUGUCGUACAAUCUGUAACCAACGAGACUGUAACACAGGAUGAAUUAGGUGGAGCUGGUCCCCAUAUGGCGAAAAGUGGAGUAGCGCAUGGUGCCUACGACAACGAUAUCGAUACCUUAUUACGUACACGGGAACUGUUCAAUUUCUUGCCUCUAUCGAAUCGAGACCAUGCACCUGUCAUUCGUCGAUCGGAUGAUAGUCCAAAUCGAAUCGCUUAUUCAUUAGACACAGUUGUACCAUUGGAAACAACAGCUGCCUACGAUAUGAAAGAAGUUAUUAAUGCUGUUAUUGACGAAGAAGAUUUCUUUGAAAUCAUGCCUGAAUUUGCCAAGAACAUUAUCAUUGGAUUUGCACGCAUGAAUGGUCAAACUGUUGGUAUUGUUGCUAAUCAACCUAAGGUAGCAGCCGGUUGCUUAGAUAUCAACUCCUCGGUCAAAGGAGCUCGUUUUGUUCGAUUCUGCGAUGCGUUCCAUAUUCCAAUCAUAACUUUUGUUGACGUACCGGGAUUUUUACCGGGUACUGCUCAAGAACAUAACGGAAUCAUUCGACACGGAGCUAAACUUUUGUUUGCUUACGCCGAAGCAACUGUACCUAAGAUCACUGUCAUUACUCGUAAAGCGUAUGGUGGAGCGUAUGACGUCAUGUCAUCAAAGCACCUUCGCGGUGAUAUGAAUUAUGCGUGGCCAACUGCUGAAGUUGCCGUCAUGGGUGCUCAAGGUGCAGUAAAAAUCAUAUUCCGUGGAAACCAUGGCGAUGAUGUUAAGCAACGUGAAGCUGAAUAUAUUGAUAAAUUCGCCAAUCCAUUCCCGGCUGCCGUUCGAGGUUUCGUCGACGACAUUAUUGAGCCAAACACAACUCGUCAACGUAUUUGCCGCGAUUUAGCACUCUUAGCUAACAAAAAGUUGAAAAACCCCAAGAAGAAACAUGCAAAUAUUCCGCUCUAA